CUGUGAGCAAACAUUUCGAAUUCGAACGAGCCGCUUUCAGUGCAAGCGCGACUUUUGUCGGAUGACGUUCGUUUCAGUUUUCGUUUCAUCGUUGAAUACACAGCACGUGUUGUAAGCGGUCUAGUUACGCGAUUCGUAUUGAUUUCCAUUCGAAUUAUUUUCGGCGUUGUAAAGGUUCAAGAAUCGAUACAGAUAGAACUGAAUUAGUGUUUCUUCGAUUUCAACAUUCAACUGUCAUUGACUAUUUAGCAAUAUCCUCCAGGAAACCGAGAUGGGCGAACGAAGAGGCACGAGAGGGCUUGAGCUGUGGUGUAAGAGGAUGACGGAAGGUUAUCCAGGUGUGAAAGUAGAGAAUAUGACCACAUCUUGGAGAGAUGGAUUGGCGUUCUGUGCAAUCAUACACCACUUCAGGCCGGAUCUGAUCGACUUCUCCAAACUCAACAAAAACGACAUCUACAACAAUAACAAUUUGGCCUUCAGGAUAGCAGAAGAUCAUCUCGGCAUUCCAGCUCUUCUAGAACCUGAAGAUAUGGUCGAAUAUGCAGUCCCAGACAGACUCUCUAUUCUCACAUACUUGUCCCAAUUUUAUCAGGUUUUUGCUGUAAAUUCAAGUUCCAACACCAAAUUGCCUUCGAAGAGACCUCCACCGUCUGACCUACAGAGACACAUGGUCGCCGCCACUGGUUCAAGUCCCCCGAAGAAGGCUGCCCUCGGAGUCUUAGGCGCGCGCAAAGAGCCAUGCGCCAAAUGCGGUCUUCCCGUGUUCAUAGCUGAGCGCCUGAACGUGAGAAAGACCCUGUAUCAUAGGACCUGUUUUCGCUGUGCCAAGUGCGACAUCCAACUAACUCUCCACAACUACACCGAGACCGAAAGCGGCAAAUUCUGCUGCAAGAUCUGCCCCGAAGAGGAAAAAUCUGCCGAGAUGAGCGUUUUGACGCGCUCCCUGAGCGACGAGGAGAAAUCGGCAAGUCUGAAAGGCGGCGACUCGGAUCCCUACAGCGACAACUUCGAGAACGUCCUAGAGGACCCAAGAGACGGCAGCCUAAAACGCAGCUUCACGCUGGAUCGGAUGCUGGGCACCUCCUUCGUGAAGGCCAGGUCCGACUUCAUGGCCACCCAGAUGACCGCCUUCGAUUCCGACCUGGACACCGAGUCCGAAGAGAAGCCUCCCGACUUGCCGGUAUCUCCGAGGCCCCAACUCGACGAUGACGCCCAGAAGCACAGCGAAAACAUUCUUAGCAGUAACUCGUUACCAAACCUUAGUGAUAAUUUUAGUGUAGAUCAGAAACCGUGCAUAUCUCGAGAUCGUGUUACCAAAGACUCAGUUUCGACAGAGGACCUAUCGGUGAAGCCUUCGAUAAGGUCACGUGUGAAGUUAUUCGAGGCCGCCAUCAAAGAUUGUGCAAAGACUGAUGUAAAUAGUGAAUCUCGCGAAGAAAAUGACAAUUCCGAAGGAGUGCACCAAGUGCUGUCUCCCGGAGAUGAGUCGAUUGGCGGCAGCAGCCUGUCGAUCGACGAAAAAGUGAAAGAGGAUAGUUCUCCCAAUGAUUCCGUUGUUACGAAUCUGGAACAUUCCAAAGCACAUUCCAGCAAUUUAAGUGUUUCCUCAAAAAUUAGCGACGAAGUGAUCAACGAAGAAGUAAUCAUACUAUCAUCUGAAACUUCAUAUCAACCCCAAUCCAAUGAAGAUUCUGUGAUCGUCAUAUCGGACACGGAAGACCCCAAGUGUCAAACUAGUGUCCAAACUAGCGAAGCUCCCGAUCGCUCAGACCUAGAGAACGAACAGCCCAAAUCAGUUACUGAGUAUCCAGACGAUCUCAAUCCGUUUGGUGAUGAAGAAGAAACGGAGCACCAAAAGCAACCUCUUCCAGAAGCUGAUCGCUCUGUGUCGCUCAAUCCGUUCGGCGAUACAGACGAGGAAGAAGAAGAAGAAGAGCCGCCAAAUAGACCCCUGACGGAUUCCAAGAGUUUAAAUCCAUUCGGUAGCGAUGAAGAUGAAGAGGACGAUGAAAAGUGUUCGUCUUUGCCUCCGCAACCUGCGCUUAGGAGAUUGGCAGCUCCUAAAAUGAGCUUGAGUCCUUUCUGGGACGAAGAAGACGUAUACGGUAAAUCAAGCUUUGAAACAUGGGAAGAUGAAUCUGGAGGUGCCAUCGAACAAUCGUCUUUACCGCCACAACCGGCGCGUCGAAAGUUGAAAGCACCCAAAAUCAGCCUGACGCCAUACUGGGACGAAGAAAACAGUCCAAGCCAAGCGUCAAGCACAUACAGUUCACCUUCUUUAUCACGUGCGGACAAAUCUUCCUUACACGGAUCUGGCAGAAAGAAAAAGCCUGCACCCAAGCCGCCUAUCGUGUUACAGAGCCCAUCGCCCAAAGAACCUCCAAAAUCUCGAAAAACAAGAAGAGCACCUCCGCCACCAACUUCAACACCUAUGAGAGUCUCCGAUUCAUCUCAUCUCCCCACAGUAUCUCCUAUUGGACAAGGAACAAAUACCGAGCAAAUGCAAGGAAAUAGGAAUGAGAGCGACAAAAAUCAACAACACAAUUCUAGUCCUUCCGAUUCUACCAAAAGACUGACAGCAACAGAAAUCGAUCAUGAUUUAGAGCUUAUUGAAGUGCAGUUGCGAGGAUUGGAAAAGAAUGGAGUACAACUGGAAAAGAUAAUUCGAGAAAAGACCGAGGUACCAGGAGCAAACCCAGACGAUACUCUUGCACCAGAAAUUGAAGAUAUGAUUUUACAACUGUUUGAACUGAUAAACGACAAGCAUGAACUUUUCAGAAAACAAACGGAGCUGAUGUAUUUACGUAGACAGAACAGGUUAGAAAAAGAACAGGCAGAUGUAGAAAAUCAAUUGAGGUGCUUAAUGCUACAGUCCGAUGCUCACAAAACAGAUAGAGCAAAGGCGAAGGAGGAGAAAUUACUGAACAAGUUGCUAGAAAUUGUGGAAAAAAGGAACGAAAUUGUUGAACGUUUGGAUGUAGAGAGAAGACGUCAAGCAGAAGAAGACAUAAGUAUAAGAAGUGAGAUGUCCCUCUACUCUAUGAAAAGGAAAGGUGAACAUUCCUCAUUGAAAAAAAUUAAGAAGGAUAAACAUAAAUCCGAAAAGGAAAAGAGCUCAAAGAAAAACAAAGGGGGGAGUGCUGAUAAAGAUGCUGACGAUUCUGUAAAACUCACCCCAAAAGAUAAAAAGAAGAAGAAAAUACUGAAUAUAUUUUGAAUUUUAAAUACUGAAUCUUUGCAAAUUUUAGUGAAAAGUGAUCAUUUUGACAUUAUGUAAAAUACGUCGCGGAUAUCUGAGGAAAUGUAAUUAUUAAGUAAAAAAGCUAUUAUUUUUAUAAACUUGUGAAUAAUUUUUCAAUAAAUUUUUCUAUAUAUUUUUCAAUAAA